AUGCGGCGCGUGGAGCCGUACUUUAGGGGGCUCAUAAGCGAGGACUUCGUGGUGCGCCGCGCGAACUACGAGGAGACCAAGGGGCGGUGCCCGCCGUACAUGAUCUACGUGGACCACGAGGCGCGCGACAUCUGCCUCGUGGUGCGCGGAUUAAAGAGCUCGCAGAUCGCGGACUACGAGAUUCUGCUAGACCAGAUAAAGGGCGCGGAGGUGAGCCGUGAAAUGCGGUUCAGUACGAACAAGGGAUGGGGGAGAGGCGUGGGGGCACGGGUUGUUGCUGGUGGCACUAUGGAGCGUUUCUCAACGGCCCCCUCCCUCCGCCUUCUCCUGCCCCUCGCAUUGCCUCUCCUCCUCGCCUUCCCCACUCCUUCCCUCCCCCCCUCCCCUCACUUCCUCCCCUCCUCCUCUCAUCCUUUCCAUGUGCACCGCAAUGCGAUCCGGCCACCUUGCCUCACCCAUUCCACUCAAACAUGCCGUUUCUCUCCCCCUUCCCUUCCCCCUCCCUUUCCCCCCCCCUUCCCUCCCCUUCUCCUUCCCCCUCCCCUUCCCCCUCCCCUUCCCCCUCCCCUUCCCUCUCCCCUUCCCCCUCCCCUUCCCCCUCCCCUUCCCUCUCCCCUUCCCUCUCCCCUUCCCCCUCCCCUUCCCUCUCCCCUGCCCCCUCCCCUUCCCCCUCCCCUUCCCCCUCCCUUCCCUCUCCCCUUCCCCCUCCCCUUCCCCCUCCCCAUCCCCCUCGUCUUCCCCCUCCCCCUCCCCUCCUUGCAGCGGCUGGACGGCGGGUUCGUGCACACGGGGAUGCUGAAGGCGGCGGCGUGGCUGCUGGACCAGGAAAUGCCCGUGCUCACCAUGCUCGCGCGCUACCACCCUGCGUACACGCUCACGUUCACGGGCCACUCGCUGGGCAGCGGCGUGGUGGCCCUGGCGACGGUGAUUCUGCACGCGAGCAGGGAGCACGUGGGGUUCAGCCUGCCGCGCCUGCGCUGCUUCUGCAUGGCGCCUGCUCGCUCCAUGUCACUCAACCUCGCCAUUAAAUACGCUGACGUCAUCAACUCCGUUGUGCUGCAGGAUGACUUCCUGGCGCGCACAUCAGCACCUGUUCGCUCCGCACUUGCUGCUGGCUUCUGUCUGCCAUGCAUGCUGCUGUACAAGUACCAGCAGGAUGCACUCAUCUCCACCGCUGACAAGCUCAAGGACCCGCGCCGCCUCUACGCCCCUGGAAGGCUCUUCCACGUGCUCUACCGCCCCCACAUGAGCAUGGCACAGUACCCACACCCGGUGGUGAAGACAGCAGUGCCAGUGGACCACCGGUUUGAGCGGGUGGUGGUGUCACCCUCCAUUGUGUACGACCACAUCAUCCACCAUAUAGAGGCCAAGUCCGCCCUCGCCCUCGCUGUCAGUGCCCCCCACCCUUGCUCACACCGCCCCCUGCCCUGCCCUCUUAUGAGCUCUUUGUUGCGUGCAGUUUCACUACCGCAUGUUCCCAUUCGUGAUUGUGCUCUGUCCGUUCUCGCUCUACUCACCGCUCGCCCUGUUCUCCACCCCCCUGCCCCUGUGUGUGCCCCUCAGGCAAUGGAAGCGGAGCAGCAAGAGCAGCAGAUCCCACCCGAGGAGCAGCGCAUGCAGCGCAGUGCCACGCUCAAGGAGCGGCGCGGCGAGCACCUGGAGGCCCUUGCCAGGGCCGUGUCCCUGCACGUGGCCCACGCUGCUGACCCCAGCAGCCUGCCACACCUCUACACUGAUGAACCAGAGGAGGAGGAGGAGGCGCAGGAGGAGGAUACGGUGGGGAAGGACGGGGAGCCGGGAGAGAAAGAGGCGGAUGGAGGGGAGAAGGGCGAAGGGGAAGCGGUGGAUGGGGAGAGGGGGGAGUUGAGGGAGGGUGGAGCGGAGGUGGCGAUGGAGAGAGUGAAGGUGGAGGUUGAGAGGGUGAGGGCGGAGGUGGAGAAGACAGCAGGGGUGGUGGCGGGCAAGUGGACUGAGAUCGUGGAUGGGUUGGUGGCCAAGGCAGCCGAAGAGGUGACCAAGGUGGCUCCAGGCCUGGCAGACGACAAUGCCCACGAAUGGCAAUAA